ACUUCUCUUCCUCUACACUCUCGUUCCAUCAGUCCUCUUGCUUUCUACCGACAGAGAUGGCGCCAUCAGUCCCGGGAAGUAUGACGGUCAAGCGUAUCUCGCGCGAAAUUGCCGAUCUUCGGAAGGAGGACACGGGUGAUAUCAAACUUGCUCCAUCUGAUGAAUCCAUGUUCGUCUGGGAAGCGACUCUGCCAGGACCCGAGGGAAGUCCGUAUGAAGGCGGCGAGUUCAAGUUGGGCAUACAGCUACCUCAUGACUAUCCGUUUUCUGCACCACGGGUAAUGUUCAAGACGCGCAUAUAUCAUAUGAAUGUGUCCGAUCCAGGAGGAAACAUCUGUAUAGAUAUCCUUAAGACCAACUGGAGCGCCGCAUUGAGCUUGUACAAAGUGGUCCUCAGUAUUUCCUCCCUCUUGACUGAUCCAAAUCCUGGUGAUCCCUUGGUGCCGCAGAUCGCCGAUUUGUAUCGCCGCAAUCGCAAACAGCAUGAUGCCACUGCACAUAGGUGGACACAACAAUACGCUAAGCCGAAACCGAAGCCUGCAACGGCGGGAAGUGCUUCAUCGAAACCUGCUGCUGCGAGUAUCGUAAGCCUGAUCAAUUCCGAGGUUACGGUAGGCAUCCUCCAUCGAUACGAGAGACGAUCGACCUGUCAAACGAGCAACCAUCAGCAUCCAGCUCAAAUAUUCCGUCGUCAUCCGCUGACAAUCCGAUCGAGAUCGAGUCCUCGCCAGAACCAGGCGGUACUGUGA